AUGCACCCAAAGCUCGCCGCUUUUCUCCUCCCCGUGCUCGCUGCGGCGAACCCAGUCCCCCGCUCUGGCGAUGUUCCUAGCCCGGAGGAAAUCACCAUUGUAGACACGACGUACUCUGGAAACGGAUGUCCCCAGGGCUCCGUGUCGACUAGUACCUCGACGGACAAGACUGUGGUAACCUACGGCUUCGACAAAUUCCAAACCUACAUCGGGCCCGGCACGACUCCCGCCGACCGCUCCAAAAACUGCCAGCUGCACCUCAACCUCAAGUACCCGGGUGGCUUCCAGUACGCCGUGGUAGACGCAACGUACCACGGGUGGGCGCGGCUGGACGAAGGCGUAACAGGCAGCUUCAUCACGACGUACUACUUCAGCCAGGACGCGGGCAAGACGCAAACGACGCGGAUGCAGGCGGUAGGCGGGGGAGCCCUAGCCGCCGGCCAGGUGUACACGAAGCAAGAUACCGUGGAGACGACGGCGACUAUCUGGAGCCCGUGUGGACAGAACGGCAUCUUGAAUAUCAACAACAGGAUUGCGCUUACGAAUAAGAAGUCGGACCAGGCCGGCGAGAUGAGCAAUGAUGAUGCCACCGUCGCGUUUACCCAGCAGCUGCAUGUUGCGUGGAGGAAGUGUGAUUCGGGAAGUGGCAGCGGCGGAGGCGGCGGUAACACGAUUGGAAUUGGGAACCCGAGCACUGGGGCUACCUUUGCGCACUAG